AUGAAGAAACCAAAUCUACUUGAAAAAUGUGUGUCUGUUUGUGCUAUAAAUUUGCAUUGUCUACCUAUUCACCACCACACAAAAGAAUUUAAAUCGAGAAAAGUGUUUUCAAGGAGAGUGAAAAAAACUCGAUUACGUUUUCGUAAGACAAGCACACUGCACGGAAUGCACAACAAUUUAUCCAAUCAUCACUUUUUAUCUCUGCGUAAAUGA